GUCGGCUUCCCGCUUACCGUAUAGUGGUCGCUCUCGAUGCUACCCUGCGCUAAAGAUCAAGAAAUACGUACCGCGUAGCCGCAGAGCUGUCAAGCCAAAGGACCCAAAGGACCCAAAGUCCACUUUACGCAAACUGGACUAUGGGUCGACUCAACCUGACCCCCCAUAGACCUGAUCGUUCGGGCUCCCACGUACCGCACUACGUACAUGAGUGAUACCUCUGAAUCCGAAUUCUAGUCUGCUUCUCCAAGUUUCAGGUUGGACAUCUUGCAUUUGUGGAAUACAUCAUCGUUUAGUACAAGGCGAGUUCCGCCGAGGUGAUUGGCAUCCCGGUCCACUCAAGCCCGGCCAUCCAACUCGAGGAUAAGAGGACCGGUCCUCCUCCUCCAUCCGUUCCCUUCUCGUUCCAGUUCUUCAGUAUCAACUCUCUGAUCUAAUAGGAUCAGCUUGCAUUUUUCUUUCUUUCAUAUUUAUUAGAUCUCUCUCCUGAGGCAGGCCGCCAGUUACGCGACCCAAGAUUUCUCUCCGCUUCACAGCAUCUUCCAUCUUACUAGUCCACACAGACGACUACAUUCGGAGCCGGUUCUCCUAUACCCUCAUUCUAUAAUCUAUAAUCAACUAGUUCUUGUCUAAGCAGACAAGAACGCAUACAUAAACAUCGACAUGGCUACUCUGGAAGCAGACAUGUCUUUUGACUUCAUAUUUCCCACAUGCGAGACUACUCCUCCGCAGAGCUUUUCUUUUGACCCAUCCUUCCUAGAGAUACCUUACACUCCUGCACACGCUCGCUCAAGCUCGUAUAGCUCUUACUGCUCUACUGUCGAGUCGUCGCCCUCCGACUCGGUCAGCACACGUGUAACUACGCCUUCCCGCUCGCCACCACCAAUCCGGCAACAUGGCCCCAUCCUACUACCUAAGAUCCGUUCCCAGGACCAGGCUAUUGACUCGCCCCCAAAGCGUAUCAAGAUUUCUCCUGCGCCUACGCCGAAGCCAAGCCGCCGCGCAGCUUUCCGCCCCUCGCAUACCCGGAGCUUCACUAACCCGGAAACGCUGGCCCAAUUUUCAAGCGCAUUUUUCCCGGCCAUAGAUGACCAAAAUACCAUGUCACAAUCGCUACUAUGCUCCCCUGUCACAUUCGCUCAAGAUAGCAUGAGUAUGGGCCAUUCUCGUCGCUCUUCAGCUGUGAGCCUCGACGGCACGACGCUUGAGAAAUAUGGUUUCCCUUAUCGCCAGAUGCCAUCAUACGUUCCGGCAGUGACCCAGUCCCAAACCGACCAAUUAUUCUUCGGGUAUACUCCUCGCGCCCCUUCACCAUUGAGCCUCGCUUCUACGCCCACACCUGACCCAACCCCUUCCACCACCCUCAUGAACUACCUCUCAACCUCAAACCCCGCCCCAUCUCUAGUUCGCACAAUCUCAUUCCCGCUCCGCGACCCCAAUACCAAGCACUUCUGGUGGGAUGCCCGACAAAUCCGGUCAUGGACCAACUUCAACCUCAACACCAUCCUCUCUCUUCCCGGUGCCUCCGGACUCCUCAACUGCCCGGUCCCACAACCACUGCUGCAACAACCAUCCACCAACUCGCGGCACCCGGAGACCGAGGCAGCGCUCCACAGCAUCUACGCUUCAUACUACAUCCCUAAACUUAAUGCUGCACUCGCUCUCUCCUCGGAACGCCCCAUGCGCCUCAGCGUCCCCACAACCUCAAAGACGGCAUCAGCAAACGACCACCUCUUCGUCGCCAAUGUAGCAGGCGACUCCACUAGCGCAGCCGCUAUCUUCGGUGGCAAGCCUACCGCCCGCGUCGUCGGACUCGUGAAGAGCUUCGACCGGUUUAACACCGGCAUGCGCGUCGAGGGCAACAUCAAACGCGUAGAGUAUCUCCGCGGCCUAUCGCACCUCCACCACGCCAUGCGCGAGCACGGGACCCGCUACGGUUUCAUACUCACCGAGAUCGAGCUCGUCAUAUGCCGCAACGGCGCAGAAGGGACCCCGCAUUUCGGGUUCCUCGAGGUCGCUAGCGUGCAGCUCAACGCUACCAACGAAGACGGCGAAAUGCAAUUGACGGCCUGUCUGGCGCUUUGGGGGCUUUGUGUUAUGGCUGGUGACGAGGGUGUUAAUGGACAUGGACUCGGCUUCGGGAACGCGGCUUGGAAGGCGGACAUCGGGGCCCCGGCUGAAGGCACGAGAAGGAAGGCGCUGCCGAGGGAUGAUUGGAUGCCCCAGCCCCAGCUUGCGGAGAAGCGCGAGGCGAAGCGGGCGAGGGGAUGGGUUUUUCCUGAGGAGCCCGUGGGGAGGAAGGAGCUUGGGAAGAGGGGGGUGAGGUAUGGGGGUUGUUAAUAUGUUGCUGCAUUUACAUACAUACAUACUAGGCACUUCCUAGUCAUUCGCGACGAGCUGGUUCUCGCUUCGCGCGGUUUGGGCUGAUGAGAGAUGAGGCAUGAAGUUACGAACACUGCGGGCUUUUUUGACUUGCUGGAUGGGUUCAGAUGUUUGAUGACUUAUGCUUGGAUGCCUGAUAGAUGGGACUGCUCGGGGCUUGGUUGGGAAAAGAUAGUUAUUAGGGACUUUAAUUAUGAAAUAUUGUUAAAUUAUUUGGAUUGG